UUUUCUUUUAUGCAUGCUAUUAAUUUUUGCAAAACCAAUAAAUUUUCUGUUGCUUUGCACAGCUGGCUGCAUUCACCAAUCCACACAGCAGGUGAAUCCAUUUGGCUAAGAGUCCCUGACUACUAGGACCUCCAAGCCUGUGGUCAGCUCUUGCAUUGGGGGGGUGCAGAACAGAGAGUGACGCAUUUGAAGGCAGAACUACAUUGCUGAGAGAAGAUAGUUUCUGGUUUGCAAGUGAAGACGGUAAAGAGGGAGCAUUAAAUAUGAAAGUCGAUCACACUUUGAGCUGCUUCAUCUUCGUCAGCCUGCAUGGAACCAUUGGCCUCGCCAACGCAGAAAGUUCCAUCCAUACAGGGAUGGACUGCAGUAAUUCCCAGUGUGUUGACCCCUGUCAUAACUACACUGUACUGAAUGAUGACUGGCGUUCAACGAAUAACACAGAUAUUCAGGUCCUACACUGUGAUAAAAACAUUGACUGGCAAGGUUGGUAUCGCCUGUUUCUGGGGGAAUCUGGUGCUCAUAUUCCAGAGAGGUGUCUAGACCCCAACAGGUGUGGAACUCAUGCUCCACUGUGGAUAACACAACCUCAUCCCACACAGUCGGGUGAAAUUCUAACUCGCACUGUGUGCAGUUCUUGGGAAGGCAACUGCUGCAAAUUUGAGUCACACAUCAUCCAUGUCAAACUCUGCUAUGGAAACUACUAUGUCUACAAACUUGAAAAGCCAGUCACGUGCUAUCUUGCAUACUGUGCAGAGGUGAACAUAACAGAUCCUGCAGUUCCUUUUACCACACCUGCUCCAACACCAAAGGUCUUGUCACCCUAUCAGGUCCAUAUCAAUGUUACAACAGCAGUGGAUAACAGCACAGCAGUUGAGGGGGAGGUCCGCCUGGUUAAUGGAGGUAAUGACUCCUGCUCUGGCAGAGUGGAGAUCUUCCAUGGUGGACAGUGGGGGGCAGUGUGUGAUGAUGCCUGGAGCCUAGGGGAAGCGCAGGUGGUGUGUAGACAAUUGGGCUGUGGCAGGCUCCUCUCCAUACCAACAAAUGCAGAAUUUGAACAGGGCAAAAGACACAUCUGGUUGGACAAUGUCACAUGCUCAGGCAGCGAAACACAGCUCUCUGAGUGCCAUCACUCAGGGUUUGGAUCCCACAACUGCAGCCACCAUGAGGAUGCUGGGGUCAUCUGUGAAGGCUCUCACCCAGAUUUCCCCCUGCUUUUGGUUGUUAUAAUUGUGGUCAUGGUAGUACUAAUGCUGUUCUCUGUUCUGAUGUUGAUCUACAAAAGGAGGACCAAGACCUCUGUUGAUUUGGACAGAAGGAGAAACUCAGACCACAACCAGACUGAGAUUGCCCUCUAUGAAAAUUUUUGUCCAGUCUCCAGAUGUGACGAUUCAAUCUACCAGAGCCUCGAUCCCACCAGCAGCGACCAAGACCAAACUUACUGCAGUCUCACGCACUCAAAGUAGACAGUUUCAGAAAAGCAUUCAGAUCAUUUCAUAUGACACAGAAAAUGCUUAUUUUUAUGUGCGUGCACAAUCUUGGCUUUUACAGAGGAAGUUGAUAAUGUGAUACCCGUUAUCUCCAAAUGAGGUUUUAGUUUUCAUCGAGCCAGGUAAUUCAAAGAAAGCCUGUCUGUGUUCAUAGUGUACCCCUCUGGUCAGACAAAGCUAAACAAACACUUAACCUACUGGUAUAUUUGAAGGAUUUUUCUCAUUAUCAGUUUAAAAGAUGUUGGCUAAGUUUUUUAAAGUCAGUGUUCACCUUU